AUGAACACCGGCGCACCCAUCACCGCCCCUGUAGACGGGCCGGUGCGCCGACUUCUCCGUACCCUUCCUCCCACAACCCGUGGGCACACCGUCGCCGUUAUAGGUGAAUUCGUCGGCACCAUCUCUUUCCUCUUCUUCGCUUUUGCUGGCACCCAAGUCGCCAAUAUUUCUUCCAACACCAACACAGGGACUACAGUCAUUACACAAGUCGCGGAGAAGAACCCUUCCGAGUUACUGUAUAUAAGCUUGAGCUUCGGUUUCUCGCUGGCCGUCAAUGCAUGGGUCUUCUUUAGGAUCAGCGGAGGCUUGUUCAAUCCAGCUGUAACGGUCGGCAUGGUUCUCAUCGGCGCCAUCUCACUCGUUCGCGGCAUUCUCCUCUUUGUCAUCCAAAUCGUCGCGGGCAUAGUCGCGGCAUAUAUCGUACAGGCGUUAUUCCAAGGCAAACUUGCGGUCUCAACCACGCUUGGAGGCGGAACCACAAUCGCCCAGGGCGUCAUUAUAGAGAUGAUUCUGACCGCGCAACUCGUCUUCACGAUAUUCAUGCUGGCAGCAGAAAAGCACCAGGGGAACUUCAUCGCGCCAGUAGGGAUCGGAUUGAGUCUUUUCAUCGCGGAGCUCGUAGGCGUCUUCUGGACCGGCGGCUCCCUCAACCCCGCUCGCUCCUUCGGUCCCGCCGUCGCCAGCCACACCUUCUACACCACGCAAUGGAUUUACUGGGUUGGCCCCAUCUGCGGCUCUCUUUUCGCAGUCCUGCUCUAUAAGCUUAUAAAAGCGCUUGAGUACGAGAGUGCGAAUCGGGAUCCGGAGUUAGGGCCUUCGGCCGAGAAAAUGAAGGAACUCUUGAACGGAAAUGGCAAUGUUAAUGGAAAUGGAAACGGAAAUGGCAGGGUCUUGUCACCGGUAGAAUGA